CUUAUUAUACACUAUUUUUUAAAUGGAUGUAAUUAUAGUAAAAUUCGAAACAUACUGAAAGAGAGAUUUUCAACAAAUAUAUCAUAACAACAAAUAAAGAGGAUUUUAAACAAAAACAAAUUGUUUAGAAAAAAAUAUUUCAUAGGAGCUGAUAUUUUAGUAAAUUUUAUAGACCAUCAAUUACAAAAUUCUUCCCAACUCUAUGGCUAUAGAUGGAUGCAUUUGAAAUGCAUUCAAAAUGGUUUCUCUGUUUCGCAAAAUAUGGUUCAUUUAAUAUUACAAAACAUAUUUCUGGAGUAGAACUAAGAACAAGACGAAGACUGCAUAAAAGGCAAUAUAAUAAUACUGGUCCCAAUUUUUUAUGGCAUCUUGAUUUAUUUGAUAAAUUAAAACCAUAUGGUAUAUGUAUAAAUGGCGCUAUUGAUGGAUACUCGAGGUUUAUCAUUUGGUUGAAAGCAUCUCCGAAUACGAAUAUUCCAAAAAUUAUUGCAGGGUUUUUUCUUAAGAGUAUUGAAAAAUAUAGUGGGUGUCCAAGAAGAAUUAGAUCCAAUAUGGGUACUGAAAAUGGAACUGUAGAACAAAUGCAAACAUUUUUGAGAAGAAUUGCUGUUAAAAAUAAAGGUCAAUUUUCAUAUGACAACAGUUUCAUCUAUGGAACCAGUAAUUGUAAUCAACGCAUCGAGUCUUGGUGGGGUAUACUAAGGAAACAUUGUUCGUAUUAUUGGAUGAACCUAUUUUCAGAGCUCAAAGAAAGUGGACAUUUUUCUGUAUCCUUCCUGGAUAAGGGGUUAAAGCAGUUUUGUUUCAUGGAUAUAAUCCAAGUAAGUACCUAUCCAUUCUCAAAUAUUUUGCCAAAAUCAUAUAUAAUUUUACCUAUAUUUCAAAAUAAUAAUAAAAAUAAUAAUGAUAAUAAUAGAACCUAUUCAAAUCUACAUAAAAUAUAA